AUGAGUGCAGUGUUGGUGCUCCUCCCUACAGUGCUGUUUGUGACGCUCACCGGGGCUCAGCGAGCUUGCCCCAAGAACUGCAGAUGUGAUGGCAAAAUUGUGUACUGCGAAUCUCAUGCAUUCAGAGACAUCCCUCAGAACAUUUCCGGAGGGUCUCAAGGCUUAUCGUUGCGGUACAACAGCAUCCAGAAGCUUAAGCCAAAUCAGUUUGCAGGCCUUCACCAACUCAUAUGGCUAUACCUUGACCAUAAUUACAUCAGUUCUGUAGAUGAGGAUGCCUUCCAGGGCAUCCGUAGGCUGAAGGAAUUAAUUCUGAGCUCCAACAAAAUUACCCACCUGCAAAACAAAACAUUUCACCCAGUCCCCAACCUCCGCAAUCUGGACUUGUCAUACAACAAGCUGCAGGCACUGCAGUCUGAGCAGUUUAAAGGUCUCCGCAAGCUCUUGAUCUUGCACUUACGUUCAAACUCAUUGAAAACCGUUCCAAUUCGAGUUUUCCAAGAUUGUCGCAAUCUCGAUUUUCUGGAUUUGGGCUACAAUCGCCUACGGAGUUUAUCCCGCAAUGCUUUUGCUGGCCUCUUGAAGCUAACGGAGCUCCACUUGGAGCACAACCAGUUUUCUAAGAUCAACUUUGCUCACUUUCCACGUCUCUUCAACCUCCGCUCAAUCUACUUGCAAUGGAAUAGGAUCAGAUCCAUCAGCCAAGGUUUAACGUGGACUUGGAGUUCCUUACACAACUUGGAUUUAUCAGGGAAUGACAUUGCAGGGAUUGAACCUGGGACGUUCCAGUGCCUGCCCAACUUGCAGAAACUCAACCUGGAUUCCAACAAACUCACCAACAUCUCUCAGGAGACUGUCAAUGCCUGGAUUUCUUUAAUAUCCAUCACUCUCUCUGGAAAUAUGUGGGAAUGUACUCGGAGCAUUUGCCCUCUAUUUAAUUGGCUUAAAAGCUUCAAAGGAAACAAGGAAAGUACCAUGAUUUGUGCAGGCCCAAAGCAUAUCCAGGGUGAGAAAGUGAGUGAUGCUGUAGAAACCUACAACAUUUGUGCUGAAAUUCCAGUCGUGGUGACUGAAAAGCCCUACCAGGCUCCUAAAACUCAGCAGAGGCCCAUUUUUGUUCCAAAGCCUACUCUUCCCAAACUGGAAGACUAUCAGCCAACCUCUUUUACAGCAAAUCCUUCUCCAGAUUUCCCAACAUCUGGACCAGAGCCAGAGUAUGAGCAUGUUUCCUUUCACAAGAUUAUUGCUGGAAGUGUGGCCCUCUUUCUAUCGGUGGCUAUGAUUUUGUUGGUCAUCUACGUCUCAUGGAAGCGCUACCCAGCCAGCAUGAAACAGCUCCAACAACACUCUCUUAUGAAGAGGCGCCGGAAAAAAGCUCGAGAGUCUGAAAGGCAAAUGAACUCCCCUUUACAGGAGUAUUAUGUGGACUACAAGCCGACAAAUUCCGAGACCAUGGAUGUAUCGGUUAAUGGAUCUGGACCCUGCACGUAUACCAUUUCUGGCUCCAGGGAAUGUGAGGUAUGA